AUGGCAUCCUUGCAAGAAGCAUUGCAAUGCCUCUCUCCCACGACGUGGGACAGCGUCCCUACCGACCCCGCCAAACUACGAGACUACAUCAACGACAUCUCCUCGAAAGCGCGCCUGAUCGUCGACUCCGUACCAGAGACUGUCCCCUCUCACAAACAAACCUGCUACACCUUUGACUCCAGCUCCCCCGCCGCAUCCCGCAUCACCCCCUCCCUGGCCCGCACAGGCUCCACAGAUCCCGAACUCGUAUCCCUCCAGCGCGAAUGGGGCAAGCCCAUUAAGGUCACCGGUUCCAAGGACAACCCGCUCGAGAUCCCCAUCUACAAAGUGCAAGGCGCCGACGGCAAGGGCCAUUGGUUUGGUCGCCGGAGUGUGCACGAGGGGCUUCCCUUCUCGACGUGGAAGAGGAAGCUGGCUAGCGAGAUGGACGAGACGCUUGAGGCGAACCGGCCGCUGAUACAGAAGGGGCGGGUCGCGGACCAGGCGGUGCGGGGAAUCGGGGCGGAGCGACUGAUUGAGCAGGUGAAGGUGAAGGACGAGCAGGGGGAGAGGGAUCUCGGUACUGUCAAUGUGUAUCAUGUCUCUGCGCAGUUUCCGAAGCCAACCACACCGCGGGAUUUCGUGACGCUUAUCAUUAACUGGGAGACAGAGGUGAAUGGGAGCUGCGAGGCUACUGGUACCGGCGCGGGGGCGGAGGCUCAGCGACGCGGCCGCAAUUGGAUGAUGGUGUCCAAGCCCUGUGAGCAUCCGGAUGCGCCGCCGAGGCAUGGGUAUAUUCGGGGUCAGUAUGAGUCUGUGGAGUUUAUCCGGGAAAUUCCAGUCAAGAAGCCUCCGGUCCGGGACGUGCCGCUUGAGAAGGCCGUAUCGCCGGCCCGGAGCGAGGACAAUCUGCUUCGACAAGGUGCCUCUCCUGAACCAGCUGCGCAGAAAGAGGCUACUGGCGGCAAAGCCGGUCGACCGAGAGGAAAGACGGAGUCGGCGGUCCUGGAGAACCGGGGUAAGGAGACAGCGAAGCCUAUUGAUGACCUUGACAGGGAUGACGAAGAAGAUCCAUGGCCAGUGGAGUGGAUAAUGGUGACCAGGAGUGAUCCGGGUGGCAAUAUCCCUCGUUGGAUGGUGGAGAAGGGGACUCCCAAGAGUAUCUGCACCGAUGCCGUCAAAUUUGUUGAUUGGGCUUGUCGCGAUACCACUACACGAGACAAGGACGAGCGCUACAGCCAUGGACGAGAGUCUUCAGAGAAAACGAUGGAAAUUUCGUCACUGGAAGGCGACGCGCAAGAUAGUACCGUCUCGGACGACGAUACAGAAUAUGAAGAAGAAGAACAUCAUGGCUUGAUUGCCAGUUUCGCGUACCUCCUCAAUGCAGGGCUGGAGCGGUAUGCGCCCAAGGCCGUCCUAGACUAUCUACCACACAGUCCACACCGUACGCUGGAAUCCUCAGUCCAGUACAGUUCAUCUGAUGACACCGAGGGGCCCAGCGAGAAAGAACCCUCAUCGAAUGCCAAAGGUGGCACCGAAGAUCUCGAAAAAGACGCCAGUACGAACGCUGCCGAUGCUGCGUCGCAAACCUCGCAACCAAUCCCAACGACCAACUCGGUGCCUACGACUCCCCUCUCCGAACUCGCCCACGAUAGCCUCUCUCCGGUGGAUGUGAUCAAGAUGAACAAAACGGGCAAGCUUUCCUCCCACGAGAAGCAGCUCGCCAAGCUGGCACAGCGGAAACGCGAGGUCGAAGCUCAAUUGGAGACCAUCAGGAACGAGAUCCACACACUCCAACUUGGUUCCUCCCCCGAGGUGGAUACCAAGAAAGCUCGAGCUGCUGCCGCUGCUGGUGAUUCUGGCGUGAGCGACCAAGCCAGUAGCAGCAUUGCCAGUAUCGAUCUAAAGCAGGGAGUGGUUGAAGGCGCUUCUUUAUCAAGCAACGGCCACCAUAAACAGAAGACUAACAUCGAAGCAGCGCAAAUGCAAAAGAUCGCAUCCGGCUUAUUCCAGCAGGAAGCAAAACUCCUUAAGCAGCUCGGAAAGAUCGAAAAAAACCAGCUCAAGGAAGCCUCCAAGAUAGAAGCGCAGCAGCGCAAGAACGCCGACCGCGAGGAGAAAUCGCGGGUCAGGUCAGAGACUGAUGCUCUAAGGCGUGAGGUAGAUACGCUCAAGAAGGAGGUCGACCGACUGCGGUCAGAGAGGCAGAAAUGGCUAGACCUGAUUGCGUCGCUGCAGGCUGAGAAUACCAGGUUAGCGGCACGGCAGGGUGGUAGUGGCGAUGAUCGAUAG